GAAAAGUUAUCGUUUAUUCAGUCGCCGGUUAUAUGUAGACGUAGGUACUAUAUAUGGGCAUCGUAUCGAUCCAUAUAUAUACAUCAUAAAUCUAUAUAUAUAUAUAUAGAUAAACUUUAUCGUAGUCCGACCGGGUCCCUCGUACUUACAUAAUAAUAUACAUAAAGUUCUAUACAACAUUUUUAUACGUAUUUUUUACGCAUUCAAUCUAUGUAAAUAAAUACAAAAAUUAUAUUUAUACGAGAACCUUAAGAAAAACAAAGUGCAUUUGUAUCUAAUACCAGUAAUACCGGGAUAUAUUUUUGUACAUAUAUAAGUAUAAUGGCGACGAAAUUUGUGGCGUUUAUGUUCUUAACGUGUUACGUGAUCGUGAAAAACGUUCAAUCGGCUAAGCUCCAAGCUCUACCAUUACCGUCGUACAUCGGUAAGGGCUGUUUGAGGGACGACCCAAACCUAAACGAAUGCGUCGUACGCAAAGGAGCUCCAGUAAUCGACCGUAUAGUCAAAGGUGACCCAAAGUAUCGGAUACCAAAAUUAGAUCCUUUGGUCAUACCAGAGUUGACGAUCAAACAGGGUACCAAACAAGUUGGUCUGACGAUGUCGUGCAAGAACUGCGAACUUCACGGACUAAAAGAGACGCGAUUCGUCAAGGCCAGAGUGGACGAGAAAAAAAGACAUGUUGAAUGGGACUUUGAACUCGAUCAAUGUAUGUUUUUGGGACAAUAUUCGGUCUCAGGGCAAGUCCUGAUACUGCCAAUCAAAGGCGACGGAGACGCCAAUAUCACAGUCAACGGGAUAACGUUUACGUAUUUGUAUGAUUACGAUCUAGUCAAACGAGCGAAUGAAAGAGACUAUGUGGAUAUCGUCAAGAGUGAAUUGAGGUUCAAUGCUAAGGGGAUGAAAUUGAAAUUAGAUAAUUUAUUCAACGGAGACAAGCUUUUGGGAGAUAACAUGAACCUUUUUCUAAACGAGAACUGGCAAGAUUUACUGAAAGAGUUCGGACCUGCCAUCGGUGACGCGUUCGGAACGAUUAUGAAAAACACGCUGGGAUCGGUGUCUGACUUAGUGCCGUACGACUUUAUUUUUCCAACUAGUUAAUUUGCACUUUGUCUCUACUUCUCUAUUAUUAUUUAUUGUUAUGCAUAUUAUAUUUAGCGUUAUAACUUAUAAACCUAAUAUACCUACGUUGGAUUGAUAUGUAAUAUAAGAUUAAUAUUCAUAGUAUCUAAAUUGGGUGACAGUUAAAAUCGCGAAAAAAUAAUCGCGAAAGUCAAAAUCGCGAAAAAAAAACAGCGAAAAUAAAAAUCGCGAACGGUUUU